GUGAUUACUUCUAGCUAGCUGUCACAUUGGAGUUUUGAACGGUGUUAACGUACGGCUUAUGUUAGUUAGCUCCGUAAAAUAAUACAUUUUGUAUCGUUUAUAAUGGCAAAUAAUCGAAUAUUUAUAUUAUGUCUAUUUAUAAUUAGUAUUAUUCUACAACUAGGAGAUUGUCAAUUAAAUGAUUUUGUCAACAAAUAUUUCACUGCUGCUGAGGAACCAAAGGAAUCGGGAGAAUGGCACGGAAAAUGGUUUCCUAAGAGACCUCGAACGUCUUUACCAACAGACCAUGAUCUUUACGAUCCUAAGCAUGGUGUCCAAAUGGGGGUUCCUUCCGCUGAGUGUGAUACCGGAUUGAUGAAUUUAACAAUAGACUGGGAUUAUAAUAGUGCCGAUUUUACAUGUUAUGACAAUGAACUGCUUUAUGCACCACGUUUCGAUGUCUUUCCAAUAUCUCAUAGGGAUCAUAUUCCAAAAUCGUAUUCGGCAGCACACGAGUGUAUGAACGCGAAUAUUACAUACACCGAUUUAAUACCAACAUUUGGUACACAUCGUCCAUUAUGGGCUAAAUAUGGUGAAUAUAGAUAUUUGCCAAAGCAACGAUGGAUACAUAAUUUAGAACAUGGUUCCAUUGUAAUGUUGUAUCAUCCGUGUGCUAAUAAACAAGAAAUAAAACUUUUAAAAGGACUCGUUGUAAAUUGUUUGUACAGACAUGUUAUCACACCUUUUAGAUGGUUAUCUCCGGAAAGGCCAUUUGCAUUGGUCGCAUGGGGUAGUCGUUUAUUAAUGUCAAAAAUUGAUCCAGAUAUAGUGGUUGAUUUUAUUAGAGAGAAUGCGCUAAAAGGUCCCGAACAAGUGUCUAGAGAUGGUCAAUUUGAACAACAAUUACUAAGGCAUGCUGAAGUUGUAACUACUAUAGAUGACGAAAAAUUAUGUCCACGUUUUUAACGAAACAUUAAUAAACAUAAAAUUUAAUUUUAAGAAUUAUGAGUUUAAGUAAAUGUAUUAUUAUGAACAAAUUUUUAGUAGUUUAGUUAAAGGCUGUCUCAAACAGAAAGGUAUUUGUCUUUCAGGCUGACGUAGAAAGAUGAAAAAAAAAUCUACGAAAUAUUUUGAUGGUACUAAUGUGUUUUUGAAUUAAAUUUUUUUAUAUUAAUGUAUGCCCUUAACGAAUUCGGUUGUGAUAAAAACCUCAAAAAAAUGACAAUUUUCUUGUCUUCAAUUUUAAUUAACAGUAAAUGA